UAGAGGAUCGGGUAUUUGAGCAGGACAACCCAAACAAAGGGGAUUUGGGGCAUUAGGGUUCUGGCAGCUACAUCAUUGUGUGUUGUGGGCAUAUAAAUAGUUGGAGCUUUCAUGGCGCUAGAGCUAAACGCCCCGUCGUGCUGUUGAAUGAAGGGGAGCUGAAUGCUGCUGCUCCACCUCCGGCCGGAGCCCGACUGAACCUCAGGUAGCUGCCAGCUAACAGUAACACCUCCACCCAGGAUCCACCUAGGAUCCACCCAGUCCGGAAUGCAGCGAAGCAGGAUUGUUCUGUAUACUUUUACUUGAUCCUACGUAAAUGGACCAGCCCAGCUGAGCACGCCCUUAUAUCACUGUUUUAUUUACUAGUAGAAGCUCGGGCUUCUUCAUUUGUGUCUUUGAAUUGUAGCUGUACAUACGUGAAAUGUUAGUUCGUACAGAUUAUAAUGGCGAAUUAUAUAAACAACCUAACUCCCAGGAAAUCCAUGUUGACUGCUUCUCAAAUUAAGCACAUGGUGCAUGAAUAUUACAGAUGCAGAAUGCGGUGCUGCCCCGGCUCAGUGCUCCACCUGCUGCGCUCUGCGCGGCUACAGUUGUGUGCCAGGAGAGGAAGGAGCAGAGUGCCUGUGUGGAUUAAGGACGCAUGGGCUUACAUGAGGCUGCUGCUGCAGUCGCUUUACUUCAACUCCCUCACAGACUCCGACGUGGUCUUUGACUCAGUCUUUGAACCCGUGUUUUGGGCAGUGGAUUAUGUCACUCGCUGGUUUGGCUUGGUGUUCGUCUGUCUGGUGGUGAUACUGACCUGCUCCAUACUGGUCAUAGCCUACGUGGUCCUACUGCCUCUGAUCCUCAACACAUACUCCCCUGCAUGGAUUGCUUGGCAUGUGUGUUAUGGACACUGGAACCUCAUCAUGAUCGCUUUUCAUUACUAUAAGGCCACCAAGACCUCCCCCGGGUAUCCGCCCACAGAAAAAAAUGACACUCCAAUUGUGUCUGUCUGCAAAAAAUGCAUCAUACCCAAACCAGCAAGAACCCAUCACUGUGGUAUCUGUAAUAGGUGCAUUCUGAAAAUGGACCAUCAUUGUCCUUGGUUAAAUAACUGCGUGGGCCAUUUUAACCACCGUUACUUCUUUUCCUUCUGUCUCUUCAUGACCCUGGGUUGUGUCUACUGUAGCAUCAGUGGUAGAAACCUGUUCCUAGACGCAUACAGUGCUUUAGAGCGCUUUAAGCAUUUGGAUGUGGACAAGCCAGGUGUACCAGUAACAGGGAUGGGAGUUCUUAUAGGGCUACUCCCUCAUGGCCAGACCAACUAUCAAACACCUGCGCCAACAUACACCUUUAAGGACAAGAUGAUUAAUAAGAGCAUCAUCUACAUGUGGGUUCUUACCAGCACAGUGGGAGUGGCUCUGGGUGCACUCACAAUUUGGCAUGCGAUUCUUAUAUCCAGAGGAGAGACCAGCAUAGAAAGGCACAUUAACCGCAAAGAAAUGAAGAGAAUGGAAAAAUGGGGAAAGGUGUAUAAAAACCCUUUCAACUAUGGCAAGCUGAAUAACUGGAAAGUCUUUUUCGGCGUGGAGAAGAAAAGGUGUCUGUUUGUCCAUGCAUUAUCUAUGAUCAGUGCUUUCUUGUUGCCACCCAUUUUUCUUUUGUCUUGUGUUUAUAGUCACUGGGUGACGCGGGUUCUCCUCCCCUCUGGACACACCCCUCAUGGAGAUGGUUUGAAGUGGAAUGCGUUCCCAGUUAAAACGGACCUAAUACCCGUAUGACGGACUCUACCCGUAGGCCGUUCUGUAGCCUACAUUCAGCAGCCUUUGCUGUGUCUGUCCCACUCGGGUCGUCUGACCUGGUCGACCCAAAGGAUCUUUGCAAUGUGACUCCAUCGAGCUGAAGAGUCACUUCAACCUCCAAUACCUCAAAAGUUGGUCUGUGACGUUUGUCAUGGCUCAUUGGUCCACAUUUUCAGCAGUGUGUUGUUUGUUGUUUCUCAGAAACUGGCCUCACCUGAGCACACUGCUAAUUAUGGGUUAGUAUCUUACAAGUCACGUGUCCUGCUUGACAUAUCAUUACAUUAAAGUACUUAAAUUAAGUUAAAUUAUUAUACUUUAAGCACAGUGUUUUAUCAUUAUGUUCAUACAGUAAUUUAUUUAAAAUGAGACAUAUUUAAUAAGACUAUGUUUUGGUAAACCAAGGUUUAUGUGAACUCCUCCAACUCUGCAGCCCAAUUUCACACUCCAGUCCUACAUUAUCAUUUAGAUUUUGCUGCAGUGCCACCAUAAUAUUUACAGCAUCUGUAUUUUUUUACCUGUUUAAUUAAUAAAAUUUUAAUAUUGGUAAAGGAA